AUGGAUCAUGGCGCACGCUCCUACUCAACUAACUCGAUUGGAAAAACCGCCAGUGAACUAGCGGCUUUUGUUGGCCAGCACGAAUGUGUUUCCAUAAUCAACAAUCAUGUGAGUAUCGAUGAGAUCGAGAGAUUCCUCUCACCGCAAGUUGGUUCGGCUCCAGUGGAAGUCUACCCAGAUCACCUAUCUCGAUUUAUACACAAAAUGUGUAGCUGGCAUCAGGUCCAUCCCGUUGCUAUUACACUGGAACUAGGUGGGUAUGAGGAUGCUAUAAAGUAUAAGAAGAAGGUGAUGUCAUUAAAAGUUUGGAUAAUCCUUUUUGUGUUGCGAGAGAUCUACAAGUUCAUCGAUGAAUUGGUAUCAGCAGGCAAGAAUGUUCACGAUGCAUGUAUUUUAUAUGCCAGAUUUCUGUUGAAAUGGGAACCUGGUGAACAAGCUAUGUCGAAAACACCCCUAGGAGAGCGUCCAACUGCUUUCGAGUACAUUGUACAAGGCUUGUUCGGUCAACGGUUAGUGAUGGUCAGCAAGUUUUGUGGCACCUGUGGGUCAUUCACAGCUAAGAAGCGCUGUUCCAAAUGCAAGGUUAUGUUCCUUGAAAAAAUAAACCAUGUGACGGGUGAACGAGAGUGGGAAGUCGCUGAGGAGGACCACGACCUGGCUCAAGAGAUUGCAAGGAGCAGGUUUGCGGAUAUGAUUUUGGAUUACAACAGAAACGACAUGUUUCUUGCUGGUCUUCGUGCUGUUAUACAAGAGAAGAAAAGUCAGGGAGUUGAGGCCCAUGUUAUGGACAUCGGGACUGGAACCGGAUUACUGUCACUAAUGGCUGCUCGAGAAGGAGCUGAUAAAGUGACUGCAGUUGAAGUGUUUCAACCAAUGGCAGAUUGCGCUCGUUCGAUUGUUGACGAGAGCGAAUGGAGUGACAAGAUCGAGGUUAUACCAUCUCGCUCGACUGAAUUAUCUCCGCUGUCGUCUAAACCCAAUAUAAUUGUUGCCGAGGUAUUUGACACGGAAUUAAUCGGUGAAGGAGCAUUGAGAACAUUUAAAGAAGCCCUCGUCAGUCAUGUGGAGGUAAGAAAUUUCCAGCCGGGUUGUCGUGUUGUGCCAUCUCGAGGACGUGUUUGGGUGCAGCCGGUUGAAAGCAAUUUCCUGUCGAAAUUCAAUCGAAUUCCUCGAUUUGCUGAUGGAGACUGUCCGCUUGGCAAAUGCCCAGGAACUUCGGCCGUGUUCGAUGUGCAAUUAUCCCAGCUGAAGCCUCAUCAGUACACUUGCCUGACGGAAGCUUUCCUAGCGUUCACGUUUAAUUUCGAGUCCUCAGAGUCAAUCGUGUACGAUGAAUCGUUCGACCGAACUGCACUCUGCUCGGAGUCGGGUCAAGUGGAUGCGAUUCUGAUGUGGUUAGCAACGAGCCCUACAUAUAUUGUUUACUUCACGAUAAAGAUGUUGUCUAGGUGGGACUUGGAUAUGGAUGGAACGGGCAAAUACUGGAUUGAUAUGUCCCCAAAGUGGUCAAGCAAUGAUUAUCAUUGGCGUGAUCAUUGGAUGCAGGCCGUCUACUAUCUGCCCCAAUGUGUGCAGGUGAAGAAAGGAGAAACGCUAUCACUGAAGUGUAGUCAUGACGAGUUCAGCAUGUGGUUUUCCGUUGGGAAGGAAAGUAUUGAGAGGAUUUACUGUAAUUGUCAGCUUCACACAAUAAUGGCCAGGCAAUCGAUAUUUUCUGCAAAUGAGCUUCUAGAGAAUGAUCAGUUUCGUGACGAAGUCAAGACGCCCGACGUUGUUAUUGGUGAACCGUUCUAUCUAUCGGCUAUGACUCCUUGGCAGAAUUUACGAUUCUGGUAUGACGUAGCUUCUUUACGAGAACGUUUCGGACCAACUGUUACGAUCCAGCCACAGAGUGCCGUUUUGUAUGGCAUAUGCGAGAAGUUCGAUCACCUUCAGAACACUGCCGCACCAGUUGGAAUAGUGAACGGCUUUGACCUGUCUUUGUUUGAUGAUAUAUCUCAGAAGGCGCGACAAGCCACGGAUGCCUUGGUGGAUAUUCAUCCUUUGUGGGAAUAUGAGGUG